GGCGUCCGCGUACUUCUUACAGUUGAAAAGCGGCAACCAUAUUGUAAAAAAUUAUAACAUAACUUGCAGACAUACCUAUUUAUUUUGCCAUGCUUACAUUAAAAUACAAAAUAAAACUUGCAGUCUCAAAAUAAUACAUUUCAUUAUUUAUUUAUGCUUUCUAGCUAGAGUUUAAUAAGAACACGACUGAAAUUACAGGUAAUUAGAUUGUAAAUACAGCUACAAAAAGAAAAAAAUGCUUCAAUUUCCAAAGUUUAUACAAUCUGUUGUAAGAAAUCCACUUAUAAGAAAAUUGAACUUGUCCUGUUUACCCUCAGCUUUUUCUACUUCAGCUAGAACCUAUGCCAUCGGAAAAUUUUAUGACACUACAAAUAUUGUUGAAAACAAUGGUUCUUACGGAGUACUUUUAGAUAACAGCAAAUUGAAAACACCUUUAGGCAAUGAAAUGAUAAUUAAUAGCAAAGCUCUAGCACUAGCUGUUGCCGAAGAAUGGCAUUUACAACAAAAAACUAUUCAGACAGAUUCCAUGCAUUUGACAAAAUUAUGCUUUUUGGCGGUUGACAACCCUAGCAAGCUUUCAGAAAAAGAUGUUGUUAAAGAAAUAUUAUCCUAUCUAGAAACCGAUACAGUUUUCUUCAUUCCAGAUACAGACGAGGAGCUAGAAAUAGUGUUGAAGGAAAAAUGGAUGCCCUUAAUCAAUCAAUUUAAUAAAUAUUUUGAAACCGACUUGAUACCAUCUAAAGGAAUAUAUGUAAAUAGCCUGGAAGCAAAAACAAAGAAAUGUGUUGAAAAAUAUCUCAUGUCGCUUGGGUUUCCGGCGCUUCAUGGCGUUUUACAAGCCGCCGAAACAGUUAAAUCUCUAGUUUUGACCACGUGUUGUUUACAUCAAGACUUAACCGUAAAGGAUGCAGUUUUGUUAUCAAAAAUGGAAGAAGAAUAUCAGUGUACAAAAUGGGGUCGAGUAGAUUGGAUCAAAGAUUAUACGGACAAUGAUUCGGUAAUAAGAUUGUCGGCUGCUAUGUUAUUUAUUUAUUACACGCUAAAUCCAAAACAUAAUCCAUUGGCCAAACGAGAUAAUCGCCCGCAACUACAACAGUCUUUGAAACAAUAAGCCUUGUAUACAAUAAACUUUGUUAUUUAAGCAUUAGGCCCAUAAGAACAAGUAACAAUAAUAAUAAUUUAAAAAUAUAUAUAUAAUAAAUAAAUAUAUAUAUAGUUUGAUACUACUA